AUGCUUUCCAUGCACCGUCAAUCCCUUGUCAAAGGGCUUCCCAAGUGUCUUCCCAACAGACUUGCCCGUUUGGCUCCCAAGCAAGAUUCUCUUUGUCGUCCUGUCAGUUGGGGUAAGCGAUUUUAUUCUCCUUUAGAAUCCGAAAAACCCAAGGAAAUGGGCUGGGAAAAGGAAACUACGACCGAUCGUAUUUUUACAUCCCCUCAAAAGUAUGCUCAAGGACGUAAUAUCUUUAACCGUUCUUUUACCUACGUGAAAAAUUGGGCUACGGAUUCUGCUGUCGUCCUUGCCGAUCCAAAUAUUUGGAACAUCUGCGCUCCCACUAUUGUCAACUCUUUGGAAUCCAAUGGCAUGAAGGUAACCAAGCUCAUCUUUGGAGGUGAAUCUAGUUUGAAAGAAAUCCAUCGUUUGCAAGCUGAAUGUCCUUCUGACUCGCAAAUCGUUAUUGGCGUCGGUGGUGGUAAAACCAUCGACACUGCCAAAUACUUGGCUAACGAAAUGCGUGUUCCUUGCAUUGUCGCUCCUACAACUGCCUCUUCUGAUGCCGCCACUGCUUCUCUUUCCGUCAUUUACACUUCUGAAGGUGAAUUUCAAAAGUAUAGCUUUUAUCCGACCAAUCCUAACUUUAUCAUGGUCGAUACCGAUGUAAUUGUCAAAGCACCAGUACGUUUCCUCAUCAGUGGUAUUGGUGAUGCCCUUUCCACUUAUGUUGAAACUGAAAGCAUUCUCCGUUCCCACUCUCUCUCUUUUGCAGGUGGUGUCCCCACUAUCGCUGGCGCUGCCAUCGCUCGUGCUUGCAAAGAAACCAUUGAAAAGUUUGCUGUCGCUGGUAUUCUUUCUAACUUACGCGGUGUUUGCACUGAAGCUUUCGAGCACACCGUCGAAGCCAACACUUUACUUUCUGGACUUGGUUUUGAGAACGGAAACUUGGCUGCUGCUCAUGCAAUCCAUAAUGGGCUUACCACCGCUCAUGGAAACAUUCACCGCUUGAUGCAUGGAGAAAAGGUUGCUUACGGAACUUUGACUCAAUUAAUUUUGGAAAAUCGACCUCUUGAAGAAUACUACAGUAUGGUCUCUUUCAUGUCCAAGUGCCAUCUUCCAGUAACUUUGGAAGAACUUGGCAUUCCUUUUGUUACUGACGAAGAGCUCUUAAUGAUCGGUCGUGCUACCCUCCGUCCCGAUGAGAGCAUUCACAACAUGUCCAAAAAAUUCACGCCUCAAGAUAUUGCAGAUGCUAUCAAGGCAGUUGACUCUUACUCUAAAAAAUGGCGUGAGGAGACUAACUGGUCCGAGAGAUUUGAAUUACCCGCUUCUCGUCACCAUCCUCAUGUAUCUGAUAUCCAUCCUUAA